AUGGCGAGCGAUCAACAAAUGAAUUCCCUCCAAGAUUUCCAAGAAGAAGAAAGCAUCUGUAGAUCCAUGCUCCACCUCUCCACCGCCGCUGCCGCCGACCACCAACACCCCACCACCUCCAUCCCCCACAAUGCUGCUACGUUCGACUCACCGGACAAAUACUCCGCCACCGCCACCACAUACACCAACUCCGCCAAACGACACUCCCCUCUAUUUCCGUCGUCGUUUUACGAACCAGCUUCCAAAAGGGCCACCCUUCGCCCCCCUCCAUCCUCCUCCGCCGCCGCCGACGACACUCGCCACCUCCUCGGCUUCACGAAACUCCCACUCCCGCACUCUUUCCCCACCGCCGCCCCACCGUCCCCUCUCCGCCGCACACUCUCCGAGCCCAUACAGCUCACCGAACCCACCAAUUCCGAAGCUCCGCCUCCACAAUUCUCCGAAUUACCCCCAGCCCAGAACCACCAGCCGCCGCCUCAAGAAAGCUCAUUCCCAUAUCCAAAUACCCAGCCAUUCAUCUACCGCACAGUGUCCGACCCCAGCCCCGUUCUCAACUGCCAGGCGGCGGCGGCAGCCGCCGCCGCCGCUACUCCGCCGCGCCCAAAUCAAUCGAGGCACGUUUCUAGAUCUCCGAGCUGCGGAGAGAGCCCCAGCCAAAAGCGGCUGAGAAGGAUGAAGGAGCGGAUGAGAGAGAUGAGCCAAUGGUGGAAUGAAGUUGUUCUUGAGGGCGAAGAUGAAGAUGAUGAACCAGAGAAUUACAUUCACAAGGAAGAAUGUGAGAGUGAUACGGAAAACCCGAAACAAGAAGCCGUGUGGGUGGAGAAGAAUGGAGAUUGCCUCGUUCUUCAUUUCAAGUGCCCGUGUGGCAACGGCUAUCAGAUUCUGCUUUCUGGCAACAACUGUUACUACAAAUUGACCAACUUUUAAUCGCCAGCUGGAUCAAGAAAUCGACUGAUUUCGACUGAAAAGAACUCACUAUCUUUUCGUUCUCGUUUGAUUUUACGAAGAACCCUUUUGAGUACUGUCUGAGUACUGUCUAUACUUUCGUAUUAGUUUGUGUUCGGAUAUACGUACGAUGAUUUCCGACUGAGAUUCUCUAGCAGAAUAUUAGGCACAUUACUACUUUUUUUUUUCGUUUUCGGUGUUGAAUAAGUUUCUAGUUAACUGUGAUCAAAUAUUCAUUGAUUGAUCGAUCGAUCGAUCUUGAAUCGGUUGUCUUCUA